UCCAUCGUGCUGUUCGUGUGUCAGUUUUCGUCGAUAAACGUGUGCCCCCCGGCUGCACGCACCGCGUUUCUCUCGGCGAACUCACGAGGAGUUCGCGUUUUCAUCGUGGAUUUGAAUCGCGUAACAACGUACCCGCCUCAAGAUGAUGAAAUUCAAGCAACAGGGGCUAGUCGCGGACUUGAUGCCCAACAUAAGACUGAUGAAAGCUACUGGGCACUUCAUGUUCAAUUAUUACGCCGACAAUUCUACGAAAAAUAUACACAGAAUCUUCGCUAUUGUGCACCUGGUCCUGAUGCUGAUGCAGUUUGGGUUCUGUGGUAUAAACUUAUUCUUUGAGAAGGAGGACGUGGACGAUCUUACGGCAAACACAAUCACGAUGCUGUUCUUCACGCACAGCGUGAUCAAGGUCGUUUACUUCGCAGUUAGGAGCAAACUAUUCUACAGAACCCUUGGCAUUUGGAACAAUCCGAAUAGCCAUCCCCUGUUCGCCGAGAGCAACGCACGUUACCAUCAGGUGGCUGUGAGGAAGAUGAGAAUACUCUUGCUGGCUGUCCUAGCAACCACGAUGCUGUCGGCCAUUUCUUGGACCAGCAUUACGUUCAUCGGUGACUCCGUGAAGAAAGUUAUCGAUCCUAUCACGAAUGAGACCACCUACGUCGAGAUACCAAGAUUGAUGUUGCGUUCUUGGUACCCGUACAAUGCCAGCCACGGGAUGGCUCACAUCUUGACGUUGAUAUUCCAAUUUUACUGGCUGGUGUUUUGCAUGGCAGACGCAAAUCUUCUGGAUGUACUCUUUUGCUCGUGGCUCCUCUUUGCUUGCGAACAAAUUCAACAUCUGAAGAACAUUAUGAAGCCUUUGAUGGAAUUCAGUGCCACGCUGGACACUGUCGUGCCAAACAGCGGAGAACUGUUUAAAUCUGGCAGUGCAGAACAGCCGAGAGAUCAUGACCCACUACCACCAACCACGCCAACAGCACCGGGCGAGAAUAUGUUAGACAUGGAUCUUCGGGGAAUAUACAGCAACAGAACAGAUUUUACGGCCACCUUUCGACCAACUGCUGGAAUGACUUUCAACGGGGGUGUGGGACCAAAUGGAUUGACAAAGAAACAAGAAAUGCUAGUCCGCAGUGCCAUCAAAUACUGGGUUGAGAGGCACAAACAUAUUGUAAGACUCGUAACCGCAAUUGGAGACGCUUAUGGUGUUGCUCUGCUGUUACAUAUGUUAAUUACCACCAUCACAUUAACUUUACUUGCCUACCAAGCAACAAAGAUAAAUGCAGUGGAUACAUACGCAGCUUCGGUAAUAGGUUACUUGUUAUACUCCCUAGGGCAGGUCUUCAUGCUGUGCAUAUUUGGAAACCGUCUCAUCGAAGAGAGUUCAUCAGUGAUGGAAGCCGCUUACUCUUGUCAUUGGUACGAUGGAUCAGAAGAGGCCAAAACUUUCGUGCAAAUCGUCUGCCAGCAGUGCCAAAAAGCGAUGUCGAUUUCAGGAGCGAAGUUCUUCACCGUCUCUUUGGAUCUCUUUGCCUCGGUGCUGGGAGCUAUGGUCACCUACUUCAUGGUGUUGGUGCAACUGAAGUGAACGCACGAGAUUAUCUAUUUUAUGAUGGAACGUAGAAACUGGAAUGUUGGAGAAAAUGGAUUAUUAAAAUUAUCAGGCAAGAGUCUUGUUCUCCGUCUUUUAGAGUACUAUUUUCUAUCGGAUUUUCGUAUAGAUGAAUUCAGCUGGAAACUGUGACUAAACGACAAUGUAGGAUUAUAAACUUCAGUAAAGAGUAUCCUUCGUCUCUACUCAAUUUUCAGGUGUUAGGGAAACCCGAUGCCUCGUAAUCGUAUAUCAGCCAUACUUAUUUAUGUUCUCGUGGAAAACGAAAAUUGUUUAAAUACGAAAGAUAUUCAUAGUAUAUAAGAUAAAUAUAAAACGCAGCUAUAAUAAUUAUCAUCCAAUAAUAUUACAUAUAUAUUGAUCGAAAGUAAUAGAAAAAGAACUCGGCCACGAGAGAAAUACGAAAUACUUGAUCGCAUUGUUCCAACGUUCUAAUUAGAAGACUAGAAAAUAUUAUUUGAUGGAAUUCGAAUGAAAGAAAAAAUUGAAGAAGAACGAGAAUACGCGAAAUAUAUAUAUACAUAGAAUGUAAUAAUUAUUUAUACCAUUCGUCAUCAUUAAUUCUUCUAUUUCUUAAACUAACAUCUAAUAUGAUUUUAAUUACACUACAUUUUAAUAAGCAUUUUCUAAUUUUUAAAUUCUUACAAUUUGUACAGUGCCUUAACAAUACACAUCAUUCAAAUUUUAACAAAGAAAAACAAAGAUUGUUAAAAAAUUUACGCCUGAAAGAAUAAUUCGCUCAGCUAAGAAAAAUGAAGAAUAUAAACUUUUGAGAAAUUAACGCGAGUUUUUGGUAUUUUUAUAUAACGUAAAUAUAAUACAUAUAUAUAUGUAUUUAUGUAAUUUCUGUUUAGUAACUUUAUCUUUCCUUUUAAAGUGGGUGAACAUAUUUACAAUCUUGUUUGGUAUUUCAAAAGGAUUAAUUCUUGAUCAAUGAAGAUGCAAGAAGGAAAAUAUUAAAAAAAAAACAUAUUUUUUACCAAUAUUAGUACGUAAUUUUAAGAUGGAAACUAAAACAUAAUACCUAUAAGCAAUGAUCAAAUUAGUCUUAAGUUGCACUCAAUGCCUAAGAAAGACAUCGAACGGGAAAUAUUACGCUGAUAAUAAUCUUGUACAAUAUACUGUAAUGUAACUGCGAGAGUAUAUUUUACUGACAAACGAUAACGAUGCAAGAAACAAAAGUUACUUAUUGCUAGUAUAAUUCUGUAUGGUACAAACGAAUUUUUGUACAAACAUAAAAAAUAUACUAUCCGUGUCAAACGACAAUUAAAAUUUGCAUCUUCAUUUUCUGAAGUAAAUUUAUGAAAAUAACAAAAUAAUUUUAUUGACGUGUAAAUAGGCACAUUAAUACUAUGAGUAAUACAAUGAAUUUAUUAUCUCUUAUGUUGCAAAUUAUUUCUGAUAUAGCAAUUCUUUUGAGAUAUACAUAUAGUAGCUGUUAUUUAGUUUUAAACAUUGCAUCUUCAAAUUAUCACAUUUGUUGAAAUCUGUUAAAAGUUCUUGUGAAAAUAUAUAAUUACAAUUUGUGAAUUGUUUAAAGUUAUCAAUUUGUUUAUUGAAUAUAAAAAGAUGUACUCAGCGAUAUACCAAAAAAAUAGUGUUUUGAAUAUUUCGAAUAUUUCAAAUAUUACAAAGAAAUAUAUCUUUUUAUAACACUAAAAGAUAUUUUAAAAUCGUCCGAUCUUUUUGAUGUUAUAUCUAUAGUAUAAAAAAAGGAAUAAGUAUAUUAUAAAUUUACUGAUAAUAAUAAUAAAUGACAGGGAUAAAUGCUACUUUGCUCUUUAUAGAAUUUAAAAUGUCAUCCACUGGUGCACGGCACUUCCUCUGCCGUUAAUUUAUAAAUACACGAACUUUCUAGCACAAAUUUUUCAUAUUUCACAACAACUAAAUGAAACAUAAUUUUUUCUAGAUCUACAGCGUAGGUAAUUUAUGAGAAAUGUGUAAUAAUUUUGCGAUAAUUUUAAUAUAACGAUAAAUUAUAAAUAAAUAUUAUUGUAUACAAUUUUGACGUAAAUUCUGUUCUAGUCGUAGAUACGUAAUAAUUAUUUCCACAUGUAACAUUAAGCAGUAGCAAAGCAAUGUUAUCGAAUGUAUUUAAUAUGAACGUUAAUACUGUAAUCAUAUUGUGAAUUGAAUCGUCAGUAUUAUAAAUGAUUUCUCUCUAAUU